GUCCCUGCCCGGCGCUGGUGAUGGAGCGUGUGCGGGGAGCUGGGGCCGUACUGGUGGUACUGGUGGUGCUGGGAGCCCCCCCGGCUGCGGGCGAGGAGCUCUCGGGGGUGUUCCAGGAGUUGAGAAACCAGGAGUGUCACUUCAUCAACGGCACCGAGCAGGUGAGGUUUGUGGAGAGGAAAAUCUACAACCGGCAGCAGUAUGUGCACUUCGACAGCGAUGUGGGGGUCUUUGUAGGGGACACCCCGUUUGGGGAGGUCCAGGCCAGGCACUGGAACAGCCAACAGGACGUGCUGGAGCACAGACGGGCUGCAGUGGACACGUUCUGCCGGCACAACUACGAGGUGUCCACCCCGUUCCUUGUGAACCGCAGAGUACCCCCCAGCAUGUCCAUCUCGCUGGUACCGUAGAGCUCCCAGCCCGGCCCCGGCCGCCUGCUCUGCUCUGUGAUGGAUUUCUACCCUGCGCCGGUGCAGGUGAGGUGGUUCCAGGAUGGGCAGGAGCUACCGGAGCACGUGGUGGCCACCGACGUGGUCCCCAACGGGGACUGGACCUACCAGGUGCUGGUGAUGCUGGAAAUCCCCCCCCGACACGGGGUCACCUACACCUGCCAGGUGGAGCACGUCAGCCUGGAGCACCCCCUCAGCUGGCACUGGGAGAUGCCACAGGACACCGUCCACAGCAAGAUCCUGGUGGGGGUCGGGGGCUUCGUGUUGGGUUUGGUCUUCCUGGCGCUGGGGCUCGGCUUCUACCUGCGGGAGAAGGUAAAGGGGGGUCCC